GCGCCUUCCUCGGGCAUCUCCACAAGCCACCUUGAGAAAAAGCGAGGAGGACAGAAGCGAGGAGGCAGAGAAGUGGAGCAGCGGCGGCAGCAUGGAUGGCGGAGAGGGGGAUGAGUUCAGGGAGACAGACGAUGUGAUGUUCCUGGCAAGAUCUGAUCCGAUAUCAUGCACCUGCUGCACCUGCAGCACCUGCAGCACCUGCAGCAGCGCGGAUGGCUGCUGCACUCGCCUGGCAUCAUCCUCAUGGCCGCACAAGCCUCGAGUGGGGGCGUGGCUGCGCCGACUCAAGGAGAGGGGGAGGAUGGAGGCCAAGGAGAAGGCCAAGGCCAACCCACCCGAAGCGUACACAGAAACUAGUGUUGGCAGUGGGUUCAUCGUCAACAGCACUCAGCGCCUGGUGCUCACCAACGCGCAUGUGGUGGAUGGGGCAGCGAGAGUGACGCUGCUUCUUCCCGACGGCCGUCGCUUUGCCACUGAAUCAACCGCACUCCAUCCCUCUGCAGACCUCGCAGUGCUCAAGGUGACUCACAGGCUGCUGACCGGAGGGCCAAGUGCCGGCCCUCUUUCCGGCCUGCACGGGGUUGACGAGCCGGCUGCAACAGCAGUGAAAAGGGGGGCGGCUGUAGCAGGAGAGAAGGGGGGGGCUGCAGUGGUAGCGAAUGGGGAAGGCUUGUCCGCAGAAGAGAGUGCUGGGUCAGUGGGAGUAACGAUUCGUGUGGAUGUGUGUAGGGGAGUGGGUUCAAGAGAAGUGGGUGGGACUGACAUUCACAAGGGGGAAUGGGACGAGAACCCUGCCGUAGCAAUCAAAUUAGGAGAAGCGAGAGUAGAGGUACAAGAGAGAGGAGGGGAGAGAGGAAGUCAAAGAGAAGGGGGCAGCAGGGAGGAGGAUUGUCUCCCCUGUGCGCCCAUCGGUGACAGUGAUGACGUGGAGCUUGCUGAUUGGGUGAUCUCGGUGGGCAAUCCUGUGGGGUUGCCUGGCAGCAUCAGCCUGGGCGUGAUCAGCAGCCUCCACCGCACUGCCGCUCAGGUGGGAGUGCCCCACUCCUCGCUGCACUUCUUCCAAACCGACUGUGCCAUCAACCCGGGGAGCUCAGGCAGUCCCCUUGUGAACGAGUUUGGGGAGGUCAUUGGCAUCACAACAGCCAUCCGGUCGGAUGCUGAAGGAGUGGCAUUCGCAAUCCCCAUCAACCAU